UAUGCUAUCAUCAUCAACAACAUGGCUGCCACAAACCAAGAAACCCACGCCAGGACAGAUCAACCUCGGGCCUACCAAGACAAGAGCUACCUACACGGGUUUCUUGGAACUGUGAGUGACUUUCAGAAGACUGGGGUACUGCAGGAUGUCGUCCUUCAAGUCGAAGGCCGAUGGUUUCCCUGCCAUCGCCUUGUUCUGUCCGCGGCCAGCCCCUACUUCAUGGCCAUGUUCACCAGGGGCAUGGUGGAAAGUCGACAGACGAAGGUUGUUUUACAGGGUUUGGAUGCAGACAUGUUUGGGGAGAUCCUAAGUUAUAUCUACUCAGGAACCCUCCAUGUGUCUAUGGACACAGUGCAGCUCCUGUACCAGGCAGCCGACCUCCUCCAACUGGACUAUGUGAGAGACACCUGCAGCAACUACAUGGCUAUGAACGUAGAGCGCUCCACCUGUGUGGACCUGUACAUGUUUGCUGAUGUCUUCUCUGUGAACGUUGUCCGGAAAGCCUGUCUACAGGAGAUUGUUAGGCACUUUUCUGAGCUUGCCUCCAGUAAGGAGUUUUGCAGCCUGAGUGUGAAUCAGCUGACUGAGAUCAUCAGCAACGAUGAGCUGGAUGUUAAAGAGGAGACAAUAGUGUGGGAGGCUGUGGUGAGAUGGGUGCAGCACAGCAGGGAAGACAGACUGCACCACCUACCCAGUAUCCUCCCUCACAUCCGCUUCAACUUGCUGACCUCAGAUGACACGGCAGCCAUCUUGGAUCACCCCCUGGUCAGGGAGGAUGCUGGAAGUUUUAAAGUCAUCAGGAAAGUAGUAAAUGACAUUUCGUAUCUGAGGAAGAGGUUCGGUAUGGACACAAUGGAAAUGGCUCUACUUCUAAGUUUCAGAAAGAAAGAGAUUCUCUUCAUGAACCCUCGUGAAGGAAAGUACAUCCGCUGCAGUUACGGUCCUAAAGACCAUGGUUAUAUCUCAGCCAUGACAGCCACAAGCGAUGACAACAUCUACAUGCUGGCUAGUGACUUAGAAGAUUCUAGUAAGUUGUGCAUGUUUAGGUACGAGCAUCUGAAGAACGUGUGGGCACGUGUGUGUUCAUUAUCUGCGUUCAUGAAGCCUGGAAAUCAUUGGCUUGGCUACAAAGAGCACCUUGUUGAAGUUGAUCAGUGUCUAUACUACAUUGGCUUGGUACAGAGAAGAAGCGAUUCCUUUAUAUGGAUGAGAAAGUACAACCAGCAGAAGGACCAAUGGCAGGUCUGUAACGGGCUGUAUCUUGAUGCAGAUCUAGAUGCAUUCCAUGGUGCAGUAGUGCCCUGUGGUCCACACCUCUAUUUCAUCACCAAGUUAAGACUGUAUCGCUACGACCCGAGCCGAGACCUAUGGGUACAGAGGACCCCGACGACAAAAUGUGGUCUUUCACCCUCGACAGCCGUCGCCAUGGGAACAGAGAUCUUCUGCACGGAUGCUCUGUUUACCAAGACUAUGGUGUAUGACACAUGGGCAGACAACUGGCAGCAACUGCAAGGCUGGUCAGCUCCAGAAUCGCCCCCUCCCCGGGCCUCUAGAUUCUUCGUAUUGGAGAACAAGCUGCACAUCUUGUUAGAAACCCACGGCACUGGCAACGUUACUGCCACUGACGGUGCAGCUUUGCGCUAUCUCGUGUAUGUGUAUGACAGGUCUGCUAAUGCCUGGAGAGAUCUGAAGGCUACCAUACCUGGCAAUGAUUACGUGGUGUGUGGUUCCAUGUGUCUUGUGGCACCACAUAUGUACCGCCCACAUUUGGAUGAGCUGUAAUGAUUCACGUAGAGGUUUGAAUGCACCAAACUACGAUGAAUUAGCUGUCGAAGAUGAUUUACUUUCAUAGUACGUUUUUGAUGAACCGAGAGUACAAAAUGUGUAGGUGUUGAGUUCACGAGAAAAUAGUAGUUGUGUUUUCUCUUCAGUUAGUUGUUUGUAUGAGCAUGAAUUGACCUGUCAUAGUUGGAUUCGGCAGGACAGGACUGUUAAAUGAUCGAUAUGUCUUGGUACAAUUCUUUUUUUUUAUUGAAUGCCCAGACUGUUAAUAGUACUGCACUAAUUCUUUGAUGUUAAUCUGAAAUUGGUGCUUGUUUCAGCAUACAAAGGUAUUUUUUUGCUUCAAACCUGUAUUGGUUUUGGGUUAGACAUUAGGAAGAAUGUUAACGUUAAGAAGGAAAUGGAAUGUCCUGUCAUGACACACCUAAUGUACUGUAAGUGCCUUAAGUUAAAGAUUUCAGGACUUCUUUUUUUGCAGUUGAGAGAAAACAGAUUCACGAUUUGAUUUUUUUAUCAAGUGUAGAUGGCCAAAAAACAGUACAAGUAUUUUUGCUGUUGUGUUCAGUUUACGUUGAACAUGUCACCGCAAUAGCUACAAACAGUAAACUUCUGAAAAACUUAAACAUUUUGCGUCUUAAAUCUUUAUACCAAGGCUGUUGCCUUUAUGAAUUAUUCCAAUUCUCUUUCAACUGACCUUUGAUUACUAAUUUUAUUAUAACCCAUAUAUACAAUUUUAGACAUAUUUCCAUUGAUUUGAUGGUUUAUCAAUCUCAUUGCACUAUAUAUAAUUUUAAAGCUUAUUUUGUAUCCUCAUGAUGCUUAAUACGCAUUUAGCACAGUAUACUCAUGCAUGCAUUCGUGCAUUUUGUCAAUGACACAUCGAUCCUCUCUACCAUUUAAUAGAAAUAGUUCUUCCUUAAAUUCGCCUUGUAUAGGAUAGUACUUUGUACAUCUAAAGCUAAAUAUGUUUCUUUAUAAAGGCUGUUUUUCUAUGAAUGACCUGAUCAUUGCGUCUUAAAACACUCUUGAACGUUUAUUACUAGACAAGAGCCUUUCUUGAGAAUACAUGUACUGUUCAUUCACUCAAACCCAGAAUGAAGAUAUAACAGUUAGAUAUCAAUACCUGUAAAUAACACGUUGGCUACUUGUGCAUGAAAAUCAGUCUUCAGUGAAUCUGAAUGAAUCAUACUAUUGUACAUAAUUCAACCAACAUUACAAUAAACUCAUCAACAACUUCA